AUGUCAUUCCCUAAAGUAUAUACCGUCAACGGUCCAUCAUCCACCUCAUCCACCUCCUUACCUUCAUGGGUAGCAGUCAAGACAAAAGCCAAGGGAGGCAAGAAGCGUACAAAAACACAACAUACCACGAGCGAUCUGGAAUUGAUUCAAGAUUUCACUUUCCCCGGUUCAGCAAUCAGGAUCAAGACGACUGAAGAUGGUCAACAUGCUAUUGCGACGGGUACUUAUAAGCCGAUGAUCAAAGUUUGGGAUCUGGAGAAUUUGACCGUUAAGUUUGAGAGGGUUACAGAUGCUGAGAAUGUCGAUUUUGUGAUACUCUCAUCAGAUUGGACGAAAACCCUUCAUCUUCAACGAGAUCGGUCUCUCUCCCUCCAUACGCAAGGGGGACUCCAUCAUUCCGUCCGACUACCGAUCUACGGGCGAUCCCUAGCCUAUCACUCCCCUUCAGCAGACGCUAUAAUAGGAUGCACAGGAACAGAUGUCUAUCGAUUCAAUCUCGAGGAAGGACGAUAUAUGAGUCCCAUCACCGUAGCUCGUAAUUGGGGAGCGGACAGUAGACAAGAUGAAGUUGAAGGUGUCAAUGUGGUUGAUGUAAAUCCAAGACAUGGUUUAUGGUCUUUCGGUCUGGAUGGAGGAGGAGGUGUAAUUGAAUUUUGGGAUCCAAGAUCGAGAAAUGCCUUAACUAGAUUAUCACUCCCUUCUACCACCUUAUUACCCCUUCAGAACUUCGAUCCUUCCCUUUCACUCAUUGCUCAACCGAUACAGAAAUUAUCUAUAACCGCUUUACAGUCUCAUCCUACAGAUGGGUUAUCCCUAGCGGUAGGAACUUCCACCGGACAUACGCUGUUAUACGAUUUACGAAGUCCCACGCCGUUCGCUAUCAAAGAUCAAGGAUAUGGAGAAUCAAUUAGGAAAGUAGAUUGGUUGGUUGGUGGUGGAUCACAGGAGGAUUCAGGUAGAGUGAUUAGUGCGGAUAGUAAAGUCAUCAAAGUAUGGGAUAAAUCGGAUCCAUCUAAUAAUCACUUAUCACUCCAUCCUCCAUCAUCUCUCGUAGAUCUACAUCCAGUACCUCAAUCAGGUUUAUUGAUGGUAGCAUGUGAUGCACCUCAAUUAUCCUCUUACUACAUACCUGAGAUCGGACCUGCACCUAAAUGGGCGAGCUUCCUCGACAGCGUCACAGAGGAGAUGGCAGAAGAUUAUAGUGGGUUGGGCAAGAGUGCUUAUCAAGAUUUCAAAUUUGUCGAUCGAGCAGAAUUGGAUACUCUUGGUCUCACUCAUCUUAUCGGUACACCAGCUCUCAAACCAUACAUGCAUGGAUAUUUCCUAUCGCUCAAGUUGUACACUACUGCUCGACUCAUUGCCAACCCACAAUCCUACGCUGAAUAUAGAGAUAAGGUUGUCAAUGAGAAAUUGAGGGCUAAGCAGGAAUCUAGAAUUAGAGCGAGGAAAGAUCAGCCUAAGGUUAAUAAAGCUUUGGCUGAACGUAUUAGAAAAGCCGAAGAGAGGGACAAAUUGUUGGAGAAGAAGAAGAAACAGAAGAAUGGUGAUGCCGCUCCGGAAGAUGAAGAGGCCGAAGAGGGAGAAGGAGAAGCACAAGGGGGAUUAUUGGCUGAUCCUAGAUUCAAAGAAAUCUUUGAAAAUCCAGAGUUUGAAGUGGAUGAGGAGAGUAGAGAGUUCGCGUUGCUCAAUCCUGCUACUGCUAAUAACAAUGCUAAGAGGAAGACGGCAGUGGAGGAAGAGGAAGAUGAGAGUGAUAGAUCUUCUUCUGGAUUGGACGAUGAGGAUGAAGAUGAGUCGGAAGAAGAGGAAGAUGAACAGGAUGAACAGGAGAGUGACAGUGAGGAAAGUGAUGAUGGUGACCUCCGUCAAUAUGAUCCUCGUCGACUCAAACCUACCGACGCCAAACGAGUUUUACCUGCUAUACGAUCUCAACCCAAGUUGGUUGUCGGUUCUUCAUCCUCCUCAUCUUCAUCCAGACAACAACCAACAUUCGGUCAGCGACUCAAGACAUCCAACCAAUCUUCAAGAAGCGGCAAAGGCCUUGCAGAAGAUCCAUCGGUAUUGGCAAUGCGUAAAUCCGCUGAUGGAGGUAUGGAAAUGUCUUUCAUACCUUCUUCGAAACCCUCUCGAUCUAAUGGCCCAGAUGGUGAGGAUGAUGAGCAAGAUGAGUAUUCAGGUGGGACAAGAAGGAAAGAUAGAAAAGUUGAAAGAUUCGGUGCUGGGUUGGAGAAAGGUCAAGUGGAUGAUGAGGAUGAAGGGCAGGAGGGUGAAGGAAGGAGUGGGAGAACGAAGAGGAGACAUCCUGGGAGGAGCGCUAGUAAGAAUGCGUUUAGGAAGAGGUAG